GAACCAAUAGGCGAAGGAAAUAAGGCCGGGGGAUUGACGCCAUCGUGUCCGGCCAAUCACAGGGCGCGUUGGUGGGAGGCCUCCCGGAGGGCGCGCCCAGAGGCAGGAAGGCCGGAGAGGAAGCUUGAAGUUAACAUGGAGUCUGCUAGUUGCUCCGCCGGCGCCGUGGGCGACGGGGACAUGGGGUCCCAGCGGGACCUGAGCUCGGUGCCUGAGCGGCUCCACAGACGCGAGCAAGAGCGGCAGCUGGAGGUGGGAAGGCGGAAGCAAAAGCGGCAGGACCAGGAGGUGGAAGGGGAGAAGAGCGACUUCUUCGCCGCCGCCUUCGCUCGGGAGCGAGCGGCCGUGGAAGAGCUGCUGGAAGGCGGUGAGUCGGUCGAGCGGCUGGAGGAGGCGGCCUCACGGCUGCAGACGCUGCAGAAGCUUCUCAACGACUCGGUUUUGUUCUUAGCCGCCUACGACCUGCGGCAGGGGCAAGAAACCAUGGCGCGGCUGCAGGCGGCCCUGGCCGAGCGGCGCCAGGAGCUGCAGCCCAAGAAGCGUUUCGCUUUCCGGACCCGGAGGAAGGAGGAUGGCGGUGCUGCCGCCGCCGCCGCCGCCGCCGCCACGGCAGACGCGGCCCCUGCAGCCCCGGCGGCGUCCCCGCGGCCGCUGGCGGAGGAGGGGCCAGGCCUCGGCUCCAGCUGGGUCUGCGGCUUCUCCCACCUGGAGUCGCAAGUCUUGGAGAAGAGAGCCGAGGAGCUGCACCAGCGCGACGUCGUUUUGACCGAGCUGAACCACUGCACGGUCAGACUGUACGGCAAUCCCAACACGCUGCGGCUGACCAAGGCCCGCGGCUGCACGGUGCUCUGCGGCCCCGUGUCCACCUCGGUGUUCCUGGAGGACUGCAGCGACUGCCUGCUGGCCGUGGCCUGCCAGCAGCUGCGCGUCCACACCACGACGGACACCCGCGUCUUCCUGCAUGUGACCAGCAGGGCCAUCGUGGAGUACUGCCACGGGAUCCAGUUCGCCCCGUACACCUGGAGCUACGCGGGCAUCGACGCGGACUUCGAGAGUUCUGGGCUGGACCGGAACAGAAAUCACUGGAAUGACGUUGACGAUUUUAACUGGCUGGCCCGGGAUGUGGCCUCCCCAAACUGGAGUAUCCUUCCCGAAGGGGAGCGAAAAGUCCAGUGGGACUGAGCAGUCACCAAGCACUUCCUCCUGGGGCCCGCUGCCGCUGUCAUCUAUUUGCGGUGUUUAAGGGUUGAGGCUGUGACAGGCUCCGACGUGGCCAUCCCCAUUAAAUUAAAUUCUUGACAGAGCCAA